AUGCCAGUAACCAGAAGAUCUUCAGUGGAAGUAGGAUCCGACAUUGAACUGAAAAAGAUCUCGCAUACCAAUGCCAAUAAAGAUGUAAGUCCAUCUGCUGCAUCGGCUGUCUCCGAGGUCUUCGACACAACAUCGUCAACAGCGCCUUCAGUCGACAACAACAAGACCAAAUCUAAACUCUCAAUUCCUUUCAAAUCUUCGUGGCUCAUGUGGUGGAAUUCAGAAGAAUGGUGGUCUUGCUGGAUUGGUCUCAUUUUCUUUGGUUGUAUAGCAUCUGCAGUAAAGCACAAUAUACCUCAACCUGAGUUUUUACCCUGGGAAACAAAUCCCUUUCACACGUUUGGUACCACAGGCAAUUUUGGUCUACUUGUGAUAUUUGCUGUCAUGGGCAUACUGCUGUGGAUUGCUAUGGCAGCCACAAGAGCUCCCAACUACAAAAGAUUCCCCAUUGGCUUUGUGUGCGUGUUUAUGAUUGCCCUUAUCAGCAAGAUGCUUGCCAGUAAUGUUGUGCUCAAGAAAGGCAGUGUGGGAGAUUCCAUCUGGGCUAUUAUUUUGGGCUGCUUCAUCAGGAAUGUCAUGUCAUUUGUCACGAAAUCAAGCAUCUUGGCUCCAUGGCUCAAAGUGGCGCAACAAACAGAGCUCUACAUUGCCAUCAGUUUGGUGUUGCUCUGUAUUGAUAUCAGUGUUUUGCGUCCAUUGGCACCCCGUGCACUGUUUGUCAGUUGGAUUGAUACACCUACUCUGUUCAUUGUGGUAGCCUAUUUCGGGUGGAAAGUGCUGAAGAUUGAUACACAAACAGCUAUUAUCAUGUCUGGUGCUACCUUCAUUUGCGGCUCCUCGGCAGCCAUUGCAUUGGGCGCCAGCAUGGGCGUGCCACACAAAACUGAAAUGCCCAUUGCCAUCAUUUCCAUCUUUACCAUUCCCAGCAUCAUUGCCCUACCCUAUGUUGCAAAGAGCAUGGCAUUAUCAGCUACAGUCAGUGGUGCCUGGUUUGGUGGCUGUGUUGAUUCAACAGGUGCAGUCAUUGCUGCUGCUAGCAUUUACGGUGAUCACGAUGCCAUCAACACAUCUGCUAUUGUGAAGAUGAUGCAAAAUGUCUUGAUUGGUCCUUUGUCUGUGAUCAUGGCUUGGGCGUGGUCUCGCUAUGAGUUGCAGGCAGCUUAUAAACGUGAAGAAGAGCUGAUUAAUCGCAAUGAAAACCUGGAUGAUGCUGUAAUCCAAGAGCAAGUACUAGACGAUACUGCUGGAGAAGACAGUAAUACACCCUCUGUAAAGCAUCCUCGCAAUAUUCACGCUCCCUCUAAACCCAAAGAAAAGGCGUAUAUCUUGCUGUGGAAACGAUUCCCCAAGUUUGUCAUUGGUUUCAUCAUUACGGCUGUCUUGUUCAAUACGACUAUCAGCGAUAAUACAGAGACUAGAACGCUUGUCAAUGACUUUUGCUUUUACGUGUCUGAAUGGUUCUCCACGCUAUCUUUUGUUAGUAUCGGAAUGGGCCUGCAAUUAAGUGAUAUCAAGCAGAAUAUUCGUAGCUUGGGCAAACUGGUAACAUUGUACAUUGUUGCCCAAAUGGUCGAUAUCGUUGUUACGUGUGUUCUGGCUUGGACGGCGUUUACCUAUUUGUAA